AUGGGCCAGCGCAUCGUCGUCUCCGACGUCCAAGAAUCGAUCCACUUCGUCCGCUACAGGAGAUCGGAGAACCAGCUGAUCGUCUUCUGCGACGACACGACACCCCGAUACGUUACGGCCGUCUGCAUGCUCGACUACCAGACGGUGGCCAUUGGCGACAAAUUUGGCAGUGUAGCAGUGGUCCGUCUGCCCGACCGUGUCAACGAGGACGUCGUCGAGGACCCCACCGGCACCAAGCAGCUCUGGGAACGUGGAUGGCUGAAUGGGGCUAGUCAAAAGCUCGAAAUGAUCUCUGUGUUCUACGUGGGCGACAUGAUCACCUCCCUCCAGAAGGCGUCGAUGGUCCCGGGCGCUGGUGAAGCUCUCGUCUACUCAACGAUUGGUGGCCAGAUUGGCAUGCUCGUGCCGUUCAUGAGUCGUGAGGAGCACGACUUGCUGCAAAACCUCGAGAUGCACCUCCGUGUCGAAUUCCCGCCGCUGUGUGGCCGUGAUCAUCUGUCGUUCCGCUCCUACUACCACCCGUGCAAGUCUGUGAUCGAUGGGGACAUGUGCGAGCAAUAUUCCAUGAUCGACCCGCAGAAGCAGAAAUCGAUCGCCGAGGAGCUGGGCAAGUCGCCGAACGAGUUGAUCAAAAAGCUGGAAGACAUCCGGACACGCUACGCCUUC